AUGCAUAAUAUUGUCACUCAACUGCAAGCUAGUUUUCCCAUCAAGGAUCUAGGCAACAUACAUUAUUUCUUGGGCUUAGAAGUCAAGAGAGAUAACUUUGUUCUGCAUCUUUCUCAAUCCAAGUAUGCACUUGACCUACUGAAGAAAAACAAUAUGACUGGUGCCAAAGCAUGUUCUUCUCCUGCCUCAGCAACAGUCAAGCUAAGCAAAUCAGAUGGCACUUUAUUUCCUGAUCCUUCAGAAUACAGGUCAAUUGUUGGAGCUCUUCAGUAUUUGACAUGGACCAGACCUGAUAUCUGCUAUGCUGUUAAUCAGGUCUGCCAAUUCAUGCAGAAUCCUACCACUACUCAUUUUGAAGCUUUCAAAAGAAUUCUCAGAUAUAACAAAAGCACAAUUGAGUAUGGUAUCAAAUUCACAAAAGGUUCUUCUUUUUUACUGGGUUUUUCAGAUGCUGACUGGGCAGGCAGUAUUGAUGACAGAAGGUCAACCGGUGGUUACUGCAUUUUUCUGGGUGACAAUCCUAUCUCUUGGUCCUCUAGAAAGAAAAGUACAGUUGCUAGAUCUAGCACUGAAGCAGAAUAUAUGACUCUAGCUCAUAGUGCUGCUGAACUUGUUUGGGUCUGCUUUAUCCUCAAUGAUCUUCAUUUCCCACUACCUGUUGUUCCCAGAUUAGGUUGUGACAACAUCAGCUCAAUCUCCUUAGCUUCUAAUCCUAUUUAG